AUGACCUCCAUGAAUAAUGAAAAAACAAGUACGGAUUCUGUUAAUGGUGAUGUCAAACUGUCAAAAUCAUCAUCUAAGCCUUAUAAAAAGGCAAUGGAUCCAAAAUUGUUAACUCCCGAGUAUAUAGCGGAGCAAAGACGAUUACGAGAAUUACGUAAAGCUAAGGAAAGGAAACAAAAAGAAGCAUUGGGUUUACUUCCACCUCCAGAAAAAGAUGACAAAUUUGUUAAAAGACCUAUGUUGGAUGUGGCUAAACCACAACCAGAACUUCCUACUAUCAAAAUUAUGAGUUAUAAUGUAUUAGCACAAACAUUAAUUAGAAGAGAAAUUUAUCCAACAAAUGGGAAAAUCUUGAAAUGGUCAGUAAGAUCCCAAAUUUUAUUAGAUGAGUUGAAACAUUAUAACGCAGAUAUUCUUUGUUUACAAGAAGUUGAUAAAGUACAAUAUACUUCAUUUUGGUCCAGUCAAUUUGAGAAAUUGGGUUAUGGAUCUAAAUUUUAUCGUUAUAAUACUAAAAAUCAUGGAUGUGUGAUUGUUUUCAGACAACUGUUGUUUGAUUGCAAAAACCAAUCAUUUAUCAAACUUGAUCAAGAUUUGAAUCAAACAGACGAUGAAAAGAAAUUACCAGAUGCACGAAUUGCUACUAAUAAUAUUGGAUUCAUGGUUUACUUGGAAUUUCAACCAAAAUUUGUUAAACAAUAUCCUGUCCUAGAAAAUGCCAAUGGGAUUAUUAUUGGUACUACCCAUUUAUUCUGGCAUCCAUUUGGUACUUAUGAACGUACCAGACAAAUGUAUAUCCUAAUGUAUAAAUUUAAAGAGUUCCAACAUGUCUUGAAUAUCAUCUUGGGUAAUCAUAAGAAAUUCUAUUCUUUCUUUACAGGUGAUUUUAAUUCUGAACCUUUUGAUUCUCCAUACCGUGCUAUUACUACUAAACCUAUUAAAUUUGCUGGUCGUUCUAAGAAUGUGUUGGGUUGUUCAUUAAGCUAUACGUUUUCUAAAGACAGAAGUUUAGAUGACGGAGAUGACGAAGAGAAUGAAUCGGAAUUAGAACGUGAAAGAGAUAAUAAUCCUGAUGAUCCAGAACCAGAUAGUUUUGAUCCAACUCCAGAACAAGAUCGUAUUAUGACUGAAUUAGAAGAGGCACACAAUGAUUUAGAUAUAAGAGCCAUUUCACUUUAUUCAGUUGGUUACAAACAAGUACAUGAAGAAAAUGCCAAUAACGUAGGUCAUAGAAAUGAACCUGCUUUCUCUAACUGGGUUGAUAAAUGGAAUGGGAUGUUAGAUUAUAUAUUUGUUUUGGUUCCAUGGAAUAAGACCCAAGAUUAUUCAGAAAGAAUCGAUACACCAGACGAAUUGGCACAACAAUACAAUAUCAAGCUUUUAAAGUUGCUUAGAUUGCCUACUCCAAAAGAGAUGGGUCCACCACCAUCGGGUCAACCUCGUAUGCAUCAAUAUCCAUCAGAUCACCUUUGUAUAAUGGCAGAAAUACAGCUUCUAUAA